CGGAGCUCGCGGCAGUUCUGAGUUCACAGCAGUCAGCAAAAUGGCGUCGUUGUGGACGGUGAUGUCAUUUGUGUUCUCGUUGCUGCUGAUACCUUUUAUGAUGCUACUAUUAGCUAUCGUAUUCCUCGCAUCCAUCGGCAAAUCUCUUGGUGUGCGUAGGCUAUACAUCAAGCUGCUGCUAGCCCUUUUCGAGUAUGGUCGACAAAACAUAGAAAAUGUAAAGAAGAGAAAUGGUACCCUGGAUCCAAAUGAGGAUCUUAACAUAGAAGAAGAAUGUGAAUCACCAACGAUCACGGAAAAAGAUUCAACGAUAACAUCGCCUAAAAUGCAAAACGGGAAUGUGAGUAAUUCGGUGAUAGCCAGGUCGAAAGAUUUAAUCUUGGUCCCAGAACCAGAAAUGCAUAAUCACAAAAAUCAUAUUAACGAAUCGAGCCUCAAAAACGACCAUAAACCAUCAAUAAUUGAUGACAAAGAGGAUAGCCUUAAUCAGAAAAACUCUUUUGAAACGCAAAUCGGAUUUGCGACAAGUUGUUUGGAUUAUAUCAGAGCUGGCGUUGAAGCAAUUAUAGAAGACGAAGUGACUUCACGCUUUGAAGCUGAAGAACUUAAGAAUUGGAACUUGUUAACUCGAACAAAUAGACACUACGAAUUUAUCUCCUGGAAAUUAACUUUUAUAUGGAUGUUCGGAUUCGUCAUGCGUUAUUGUUUCUUGCUACCUUUAAGGAUAUUUAUCUGCUUUGUAGGGGUACUAUAUCUAGUAGUCGUAACAUUUUUAAUCGGCUUUCUGCCGAAUGGCCGCAUAAAACGUUGGGCGAACAACCAGGGCUCCCUUAUUGCAUUCAGGAUAAUGUCCCGUUCUAUCUCGAGUAUGAUCACGAUCCACAAUCCGGAAUACAAACCAAAGAAUGGAGGAGUGUGCGUGUCGAAUCAUACGUCCACUCUUGACGUCUGCAUUUUAUCCACGCAAACGACUUUCUCUUUGAUAGGUCAGAGGCAUGGUGGUUUCUUAGGAAUGUUACAAAGAGCUCUUGCCCGUGCUUCUCCACAUAUAUGGUUUGAACGCUCUGAGGUCAAAGAUAGAGAAGCAGUUGCGAUAAGGCUAAAGAAACACGUAUCAGAUCCUACGAACCCACCGAUACUCAUAUUCCCAGAGGGUACGUGUAUCAACAAUACAUCAGUUAUGCAAUUCAAAAAAGGCAGUUUUGAAGUGGACAGCAUUGUUUAUCCUGUGGCUAUAAAAUACGAUCCAAGAUUUGGAGAUGCAUUUUGGAACAGCAGUCGAUAUUCGAUGGUACAAUAUUUAUAUAUGAUGAUGUCUAGCUGGGCUAUAGUCUGCGAUGUAUGGUAUCUCCCUCCAAUGCUUAGGAAGGAAGGAGAAAGUGCAAUUGAUUUUGCGAAUCGAGUGAAAUCCGUGAUAGCGCGGCAAGGUGGUCUUGUUGAUCUGCAAUGGGACGGUCAACUAAAGAGGAUGAAGCCAAAGAAAGAAUGGAGGGAAAAACAACAAGAAGAAUUCAGUAAACGAUUAAAAGUCGAAUAAAUAGUAAUAUCAUUUCUAGUCAUUGCUUCGUAUGCGCAUAUUACGUGAUAUUUGUUUAUUUGAACAAAAUUAUUUAAUUCAAUUGGUUUCUCUGUUACAUAUGUUUCCAUAUACAUCAUAACCAUAA